AUGGAGUCUCUACUUUCUCUUGGUUUUGAAGCAUUUCAAGCUGAUACUUCUUUAUUCACCCUCAAGCAUGGAUCUAUUAUUAUAAUUAUACUCAUUUAUAUUGAUGACAUACUUAUUACAGGGUCUUCUCUUUCUGCUUGUGAUCAGGUUAUUUGUCAACUCUCUAAUUCAUUACUUGUUAAAGAUUUGGGUCCCAUUCUUUACUUUCUAGGAUUAGAAAUCAUGAGAAAUGACACAGUUAUGCAUCUUUCACAAACCAAGUACAUAGUUGAACUUCUGAAAAAGACAAAUACGAUAGAUGCAAAACCAUAUUCUUCACCAGCUAUUGCAAACUCUAAAUUGAGCAAACAUGAUGGUGAAUUUUUAGUUGAUGCUUCUGAUUAUAGAUCUCUUGUUGGGGAUUUACAAUAUGCAACCUGGACUAGACCAGAGAUUUUUUAUGCUGUGAAUCAAGUUUGUCAACUUAUGAGUCAUCCUACAAUUGUUCAUCUUGUGGAUUCUAAGAGGAUUUUGAGGUACUUAAAAGGAAUUUUAGAUUAUGGCAUUGUUCUUCAGAAAUGGUUAACAACUUUAUCCUCUUAUUAUGAUUCUGACUGGUCUGGUAAUCGCGAUGAUAGAAGACCUACCAGUGGCUUCUGUGUCAUGUGCAUUCAUUAUGUCUCUACUGACACUCUUGUGGAUGAUGUUUUUACCAAGGGACUAUUUGCAGCUAGACUUGAUUUUCUGCGUGACAAGACGAGAGUUCAACCACUACCUCAGCUUGAGGGGGGUUAG